CAUCACUCCUCUCCUCCCCUUGGCUCAGCUGGAGCGGCUCCUCCCGGCCCCUCUUCUGCCAGCACCAGGAACAUUCCCCUGCAUGCUGUGGGACCGCUGCUUGGAAACCCACUGCUGGAAGCAGAGAAGGAGCCCAGGGUGCUGCUGGUCCUGCACAGAAGGGGUUUGUCCAACUGCAUCAUCUGCUGGUGGCUGAGCUUGUCCCUUCCUGCUGUGAGGCUGCUGCUUGGCACUGCUGCUGAUCUCCCUCAUUCCUGGUGUGGCAGGAACAGGAGCUAUUGCAGGCAAGUGGAGAUGUUUUUCUCUGUCACAGCCAGUUUUACCUGUGCCCCUGGCUCUCUCAGGGCAGCUCAUGUCCUAGGUUUUUUGCUUGCAAAGCUUGGCUGGAUCAGUUAGUUAAAGACUGACCAUAGCCCUGUUGAGACAAUAAGUAAAAUACAUUCCUAAAAGGCUGCUUCUUCCACAGAUUUCUGUCUGUCCACAGGGUUAAAAUUAGGGAAAGCUGUGUCUGGCACCCACAGCUGCUGGCUGAGCUUGCCCUGGGAGGGAGAAGGCUGAGGGAUGGCCAAAGCAACCUGGGGAACCUAAAGGACAGCCCCUGGUGCUCUUUAAUGAUGAAAAAGCCCCUUUUUUAAGCAGGACACAAGUACCCGCAUGGGCUGUACCCCACCUGAAAUGUAACUGGUUAUCAUGACUCCCAAACCUUUAGUAACGUAGCCCCUGUAACGUUACUUCUGAGUGCAGUGUGUGAAGCAGUUGUGGGCACCCACAGACUCAGUUUUAAUUGUGCCAUGGUCAUGGGCUCCUGGUAGGUGAUUUCCAGAUAUUUAUUUUUGCCUUGAAGCCAUCUCUAGGGAGGCUUCUUCUGAAGCCUCUGCUCUGACUGCAUCUUCCUGUGCCCGCACUGCAACCACAGCCCCUGCUCCUCUUCACUGCUGCUCUUUGCCCUUUGGGCCGUGACGGGUUCACGGGUGUCCAGGCUGGUGCAGGGCUGGGGCAGCACCCAGCUCUGUGCUGGGGGUGCAGGUGCUGUGGCAGCACCCAGCUCUGUGCUGGGGGUGCAGGCACUGGGGCAGCGCUGCUCUAAGGGUCUCGUUUACAGGAGAUGAGGCUCAGUGCCAAGUGUUAAACUAAGAAACACACUGAUGUAAAGUGAGGGGAAAGGCAGAGAGGAGCUUGUGGGGAAAGGGGAAUGGGUGUGACUUGUGGGGAUGUGAGCUGCUUUUUAGGCUUUAGUAAGUUUUUAUGACUUCAAACAAAUCUUGAAGCUCCCUUCAGAAGAAACCCCUACACCCACCUCUGCAGACUGGGAGCUCCAGGUAUAGCAUCCACACACCCAAAAGCCAUCAGCAGCUGAGGGCUGUCUCCAUGUCCCCUGCAUGUGCAGACACUUUGCAGCACUCAGCAGCUCCUCCUGUCCUGCUCCAGCUCCUCCAGUUUCUGUCCUGUGCUCCCCACUCUUCUGUCUUUAUCUAUGCCUUUCAGAGACCUUCGUCCCUGCACUGCUGCCAGGACAAAGCACGGAUAUGCAGCCUGUGCCCCUGCACAGCCUUUCGGAGCUGGAGAGAGCCUGUCUGCAAGAGAUUGCCCUGUACCAGCUGCAGGAGAAGCUGCUCCUGGGAGAUGUGAGCCUGGCUAAAGUUGGACCUAAAGGCAGCAAAUCCAUCCGCCAGAAGCUGGAGAGCUUCUCAAAGGAGAAGAAGGGCACACACAGCCCUGGCGCUGGGCUCCCACUCUUCUUUCCUGCUGGUGACACUUCUCCAUUGCUCCCACGUUCUGCCCUAGACUGCUCCCCUCAGACCUUCGGGAUCCCGCUCUCCCAGGUCAUCGCCAAUGACCGAGCGCACCGGCAGCUGCAGGAGGCAGUGAGGAGCAGCCGCCGGCUCUGCCUGGAGGUAGAGGCGACUGUGAGGACAUUCCAGGCCCAGAGGCACCAGAGGAUGGGCAGGAGCCUGGUGCCCUGUGGGGCCAUCCCUGAGGAGCCGCCUCCCCCUGCUCUGCCCAGCAGUGAGUCCUGGCGCCAGCGGAGGGGCGCAAUGUCCGUGGACUCCAUCACUGACCUAAGUGACAACACCUCCAAGCUGCUGGAGGCUCUGCAGUUGUCACACCCACAUGAGCUGGGUCCAUGGAGGAGCCUGGGCAAGAAGAAGAUGUUGAGCCUCAACCCUAUCACCUGGCAGGUCCCGCGGAUCGUGGACAGAUGCUGCGAACACAUUGAGAUGCAUGGUCUCCAUACUGUGGGCAUCUUCCGAGUUGGAAGCUCCAAGAAAAGAGUUCAGCAGCUGAGGGAGGAGUUUGACCAAGGACUGGACGUGUUUCUGGAUGAGCAUCAAAGUGUUCAUGAUGUGGCUGCUCUGCUCAAAGAGUUUCUUCGGGACAUGCCGGAUCCCCUGAUUCCCAGAGAGCUCUACUCAGCCUUCCUCAGCACAGCCUCCAUGGCGGACACUGUCCAGCUGGGGGCGCUGCAGCUGCUGCUGUUCCUGCUGCCGCCGUGCCACAGCGACACCCUGCGGCGGCUCCUGCGCUUCCUGGCCGAGGUGGCGCGGCACGCUCACCCCUCCCGCCGCCCCGACGGAGGCGAGAUUCCUGGGAAUAAAAUGACAGUUUCAAACUUGGCCACAAUCUUUGGUCCCAACAUCCUGCAGAAAGAGAGGCCUGGAGAGAAAGACGCUGCUGCUGUAAACUAUGAGGACAGCGCUGCCAUCAUACUGGUACUCCAGAGGCUGAUUGAGCAUCACCAGACCCUGUUCAUGGUGUCCCCUGAGAUGCAGCAACACAUCCUCAGGAGGCUCUUUCAGACAGACCCUGACAUCAUCAAGUACCUGCUGCGCCGGAGGCUCCAUGCUGUACCGAGCACAGAGAGUGCAAAUUCAAGAGAGGAGCAUGCUCCAUCCCUGCUGCCAGGGUGGACCCGCACCCUGGAGAACAACUCAGUCUCAUCGGAGCUGUACAGCAACAUCUCAUUCCUAAACCUGGACAUUGGCAUCUAGCAGUGCUGGUCCAGCCCCUCUGCACUGAAGACACGACUGUGCAGCUGGGCAACCCUUCCGCACAAGCCACAUCCUCUGUGCCACGUCAGAGGAGUGGAGCUGUGACAAGAGCAUGAAAGCCUGCAGGAGCCCCUUUGCCACCAGCAGACCAUCCAAUGGCAUGCAGGCUGGAGAGCAGCAGGCUGGUGUCUGACAGACUGGGAGAUGUGACCUGGAGGUUCAGAACUGAUCCCAUCUGGUGUAGUUGCAGGCACUGGUCAGGCUGGUGGCUUACAGAGCAAUAGCCUGGGGCUGAGCCCCCCUGUGCAAACAGGAAGGAUACUGACCUGACACUGAGUGAAUGAGGAAUGUUAGCAGGGCAGUGAGGAUGGAAAAUGCAGCUGGGGGUUUGGGAUAUCACCAUGUGCUGUUUUGUGGACAGAAAGCUCUCCUGGAACUGGAGGAAUGCCCAUGGAGCUACAGGAACAGCACCCCUGGUGCAAAGACACCCUGGCCUGCUCUAUUCAGAAUGAAUCACAGCUUUCUUCUUUGUUUUAACCCCUGUUUAAAAUUGCUAAUGUUACAGGUAAUAAAACACUGUAUCAACCCCAGAAUGAAUGGCUGGUGUAGUAGGAGAGCACAGUGUACU